AUGCCAUUUUUGCAGACAACUAAUCGACCCGAUGAGUGGAAGAUCGAGCAGGGCCUGUCCGGGGCUGCGCUCCCAGUUCUGGACAUGACCGGGCCCGAGACCAAGGCGCUGGCUCCUCAGACCUUUGGGCCACUAACCAAAGAUGUGAAGGCAAUUAAAGCUGUGGGUGAUCGGAAUACCCUUUUCACUCGCGAGAGGAAGGGGUGGACGGGAUUUGUGGAAUGGGAGAACUAUCCGGACAAAAAAGAAGCAGCACACAAGAUUCUCAAAUCCCAGACAUUUCCACCUAACCCUGAGUUUCAACUGGGACCCAUUCCCGCGAGCAAUCCAGUUCUUCCUGGCACGCACUGGAAAAUGUGGCAUCAUGCCAUCGGCGGCGAGUUGACUCAGGUUCCCGAAGACUCAUGGGAAACUGUCCUCAAGGAGAAGCAUCCCGAUAUGCUUCAUCUCCUUCAAUUUCCCUACAACGGAGAGCCUCCUAAACGACUGGUCACGUCGAAGGUUGUGACGCCGAAUUCCCUGCAUUUCGUUAGAAAUCAUGGAGGUAUUCCGAUCAUCAACAAGGAGGAUUACAGCUUCUCCCUGGACGGCUUGGUGGCGAAUCCACGCAGUUUCACCUUGGAUGAAAUCAUGGACGAGAGCAGAUUCCCACGAGUUGACAAGACCGUGACGAUGCAAUGCUCAGGUACUCGCCGCAUUGAGCAGAUCCUGAGUUACCCCGGACAAGGAGACGAGGUUCCCCAGGCUCCUUGGGCUGAAGGUGCAAUAGGAACUGCUCGAUACGUCGGCAUCAGCCUCAAAAAGGUGAUCAAGGCAUGCGGAGGAUUGGUGGACGGCGCGAAGCACCUGGAGUUCUACGGCGCCGACACCUACUUCAAGGACGACAAGACCAUGAACUACCUCGUCAGUGUUCCAUGGUCCAAGGUCAAGGCGAAUGAGGUACUUCUGGCCUGGGAGAUGAACGGAGAGCCUUUGCCCAGAAUCCAUGGGUUCCCUCUCCGAGUUGUUGUCCUCGGCUAUAUCGGAGCCAGAAGUGUCAAGUGGCUAUACCGCAUCAAAGCGAUCAUGGAACCAUCCCGAGCGCCCGUACAGAGCCAGGAAUAUCUCUACUUUCCUCAGCAAGUCGGCAAACAUAAUCUGAAAUUUACAGACGGUAUUCAGAUCCAAGAGAUGCCAGUCAGUUCUGCCAUCAUGUCCCCGUGGACCAAGCAAGUCGUCAUCCACAACGGCAAGAUCCGCUGCAAGGGCUGGGCUUAUUCCGGUGGUGGUCGCUGGCCAGAGCGCGUUGAACUUUCAUCAGAUGGCGGGUUCAACUGGUAUACUGUCCCCGUUGAGAACCUCUCCGAAAAGCGAAGGUGGACCUGGCGCACCUGGCACUUCGAUCUCCCCUGCGAUGUCGAAGGAUGGGUCGAGAUAGUCUGCCGCUGCUGGGACAACUCACUUAACACCCAGCCUCCAGAUGUCCGGACCGCCUGGAAUUGGGGAUUGCAUGUCACAAGCUCUUGCCACCGCAUCACAGUGUACAGCGUCAACAAGACCCGGCCGGCAACAAAGGCUCGAAUGGAUGAAUUCGAAAAGGCGCGUGUGCCGUUCGGGCCUAUCACAGUUCCGAUCGCAUUCCCGCCUCAGACACCAGAAGACUAUGAAAAGUUCUGGAGUCAGCACGAUCCACGAGAUGCAGAGGAGUAG